AUUUUUAUGUGAACUUUAUAAAGGAUGUAUUUCUACUAAAAGAGCAACUUUGAAACGCUGGAAACUUUUCCACCGAAAUGGAAGGGAAUAUUCCAUGGAUUAUUUUUUUGUCACUUUUAUUGUUUAUGCACAUUUGUGAAGGGUUCCGUUGCGUGGAUAAAAACAGACCUUGUGAAAAUGGAGGGACAUGCAUAGAAUCAUCCUCUCGGUGCAUAUGUCGUCCGGGAUUCAUCGGUCCUCUCUGUCAGCACCUGGAUCCCUGUCAUCGAUCGCCAUGUCUGAACGGAGCCGCUUGUAAGAGCCAGGUGGUUAAUGGUAUCCCACAAUACACCUGUGUGUGCCAGAGAGGGUUCAGAGGCCAAGACUGCUCCCUCAUUGAUGCCUGUGCCACGAGCCCCUGUGCCAACGGGGCCCGUUGUGCCAAUUGGAAUAACCACUACAACUGCUCCUGCCCACCUGGCUUCCAGGGAAAGAACUGCCGCAAUGACAUUGACGAGUGCCGCAAGCCUGGCGUGUGCCUCAACGGUGGCCUCUGCAUCAACACCCAUGGGUCCUUCCGCUGCCAGUGCCAACCUGGAUACAGCGGGCGCACGUGUGAGGUGUCCACCCUGCCCUGUGCCCCAUCCCAGUGCCUUAACGGGGGCACCUGUCGACAGACCAGCGACCAUUCCUACGAGUGUGCUUGCCUACCAGGGUUUGAGGGGCACAACUGUGAGAAUAAUGUGGACGACUGUCCAGGUCACAAGUGUAUGAAUGGAGGAAUAUGUGUGGAUGGAGUAAACACCUACAACUGCCAGUGCCCACCAGAAUGGACAGGGCAAUACUGUGCUGAGGAUGUCAACGAGUGUCUCAUGCAACCAAACGCCUGCCAUAAUGGAGGCACUUGCUUCAACACCAUCGGUGGUCACACCUGCGUCUGCGUUAACGGUUGGACCGGAGACGACUGCAGUGAGAACAUCGACGACUGCGCCAUAGCCGUUUGCUUCAACGGCGCCACCUGCCAUGACCGCGUGGCGUCCUUCUUCUGCGAGUGCCCAGUUGGAAAGACGGGUUUGCUGUGCCACCUUGACGAUGCAUGUGUGAGUAACCCCUGCAACGAGGGGGCAGUGUGCGACACCAACCCCCUUAACGGCCGCGCCAUUUGCACCUGUCCUGCCGGCUUUGUAGGAGGCGCCUGCAACCAGGACAUGGAUGAGUGUUCGAUUGGUGCCAACCCAUGCGAGCAUUUUGGAAAGUGUGUGAACACGGAGGGCUCCUUCCAGUGUCAGUGCGGCCGGGGAUAUGCCGGCCCGCGAUGCGAGAUUGACAUCAACGAAUGCCUAUCCAUGCCCUGCCAGAACGACGCCACUUGCCUGGACCGCAUCGGAGAGUUCACCUGCAUCUGCAUGCCAGGUUACAUGGGGACUUACUGUGAGGUUGACGUAGAUGACUGUGAGAGCAACCCAUGUGUGAAUGAUGGCAUCUGUCGGGACAUGGUCAAUGGUUUCACAUGCACCUGCCAGCCAGGGUUUACUGGCACCAUGUGUCAGAUCGACAUAGAUGAGUGCGCCAGCACGCCAUGCCAGAAUGGAGCGAAAUGCUACGACCGUCCCAAUGGGUUCGAGUGCCGCUGUGCUGAAGGUUAUGAAGGGACACUCUGCGAGAGUAAUAUCAACAACUGUCAGCCCGACCCAUGCCACCACGGUACUUGCGUCGAUGGCAUUGCCAGCUACUCCUGUAAUUGUGACGCCGGCUACACCGGCUAUCGCUGUGAGAACCAGCUCAAUGAGUGCCACAGCAACCCGUGUCAGAAUGGAGGCAAGUGUGUGGACCUGGUCAACAAGUACAUCUGCCAGUGCCAACAUGGAACCUCAGGGACAAACUGUGAAAUAAACUUUGACGAUUGUGCCAGUAACCCAUGUGACUAUGGCCUCUGCAAAGAUGGCAUCAACCGCUACGACUGUGUUUGCAAACCUGGCUUCACCGGUUCCAAGUGCAACGUGGAGAUAGACGAGUGUGCGUCUGGCCCCUGUAGAAACGGGGGGACAUGUGUGGAUGAAGAGAAUGGAUUUCACUGCCAGUGUCCUGAGGGCUUUAAGCCCCCUUACUGUUACUCCCAGGUGGACGAGUGUGGCAGCAGCCCGUGUGUUCAUGGCUCAUGCAGGGAUGACAUCAACGGUUACCGCUGUGACUGUGAGCCCGGAUGGGUUGGGAAGAACUGCGACCUGGACAGGAAUGACUGUUUGCCGAGUCCCUGCCAGAAUGCUGGCACGUGCAUCGACCAGCUCAAUGGCUUCACCUGCAAGUGUCGCCAAGGCUUCAGAGGUAACCUCUGCCAGGUGAACAUCAACGAAUGUUCGUCCAGUCCCUGUCUGAACAAGGGCACUUGUGUGGACGGUGUGGCGAGUUUCACCUGUCUGUGUGAGCUUCCGUACAGUGGACCCACUUGUGCUGAGGUCCUCACCCCUUGUUCCCCUAACCCCUGUGCCAACCAUGCCCUCUGCACACACACACCAGACUACUUGGGCUAUCAGUGUAACUGCCAGCAAGGUUGGCAAGGUCAAUUGUGUAACGUGGAUGUAAACGAAUGCAUCUCAAACCCCUGCAAGAACCGUGGGACCUGCACCAACAUGCUUGGAGGCUUUGUGUGCUCCUGCAGAGCUGGAUUCACUGGGCUGACGUGUGAAACGGACUUCAAUGACUGUUCUCCUAAUCCGUGCCUAAGUGGAGGUUCCUGCACAGACGGUGUGAACUCCUUCCACUGUAGCUGCCUGGCGGGCUUCACCGGGCCCCGCUGUGCUUUAGAGAUCAAUGAAUGCCAGAGUACGCCCUGCAAAAAUGGAGGCGCAUGCACAGACUAUGUCAACUCCUACACCUGCACCUGCAGGCCUGGCUUUACCGGCAUCCACUGCGAAACCAACAUCCCUGAUUGCACUGAAAGCUCUUGCUUCAAUGGAGGGACGUGCACAGAUAAAAUCAACGGCUAUUCCUGUACCUGCCGCUCAGGCUUCACUGGCUCCCACUGCCAAUACGAGGUCAACGAGUGCGACUCCCAGCCCUGCCUCAAUGGAGGCAUCUGUCAAGACGCCCUGGAGUCCUUCCGUUGCUCCUGCCCCAAGGGCUACACCGGCAACCGAUGCCAGACACCAGUCGACUGGUGCAGACGCUCAUCUGCCUGCCAAAACGGAGGACGCUGUCGCCAAAAAGAUGCUUCCUUCAUCUGUGACUGUACUAACGGCUGGUCUGGACGUUACUGUGACAUUUCCAGAGUCUCUUGUGAGACAGCUGCUCGCCAUAGAGGGCUCCAGACGGAUGAGCUAUGCCACCACGGUGGUCACUGUGUCAACACCGGGAAUGCCCACUAUUGUAAAUGUCCCGCCGACUACACUGGAAGCUACUGUGAAAGCCAAGUGGACCACUGUGAAGACAAACCCUGCCGCAAUGGCGCCACCUGCAGGGGAUAUGUGGGAGGGUACCAGUGUGAUUGUAUGCCAGGUUUCACUGGACAGAACUGCGAGAUAGAGAUCAACGAGUGCCAGUCACAUCCCUGCCAGAACGGAGGCACUUGCAUUGAUCUGGUGGGACAUUACAUCUGCUCCUGCCCCCCUGGCACACUGGGUGUUCUCUGUGAGAUCAAUGAAGACGACUGUGCCCCGCCUCUGAGGCUGCGCAGUGCUCCUCCCAAGUGCCUGAACAACGGCACCUGUGUGGACAGAGUGGGUGGAUACCGCUGCAAUUGUCCCCCUGGAUUCACAGGAGAACGAUGCGAGGGAGAUAUAAAUGAGUGUCUCUCCAGCCCCUGCAGUCCCUCCAACAGUCUCGACUGCAUCCAGUUGCCCAAUGACUACCUAUGUGUGUGCAAGCCUGGCUUCACCGGCCGGAGGUGUCAGAGCAGGUUCAGUGUGUGCGAGUCUCAGCCGUGCCAGAGCGGAGGAGUCUGCUCUGUAUCUAGCAGCUCUGGACUGGGAUACACCUGCACGUGUCAGCUUGGUUAUGCCGGCCCCAAUUGUGAAAGAAGCAUGUCCUGUCGAGAGCUGUCCUGCUACAAUGGAGGCAGCUGUGCUCUUACCACGAGGGGGGCGCGUUGCACCUGCCCGCAAGGUUAUGGUGGGCCCCAGUGUCAGCAUCGCACUAACGAAGGUUGCUCCUCCCAGCCCUGCCGGAACGGAGGAUUGUGCACUGAAGAGACCAGCUUCCCGUUCUUCCACUGCCAGUGUCCCAGUGGCUGGACGGGCAAACGGUGCGAGCAGAGCAGCAGAACCCUUACGCCUCCAACACCCUCGUGCCCUCUGGCAGACUGUCAUGGCAAAGCCGAUGACGGUGUUUGCGACAAGGAAUGCAACACAUUCGAGUGUCGCUGGGACGGCGGGGACUGCUCUCUAGCGGUGAACCCCUGGUCCCGUUGUGAAGACUGCUGGCGUGUCUUCAACAACAGCCAGUGUGAUGAGCGCUGCAACAACGUCAACUGUCUGUACGACAACUUUGACUGCAAAAGCAAGGAGAAAGUUUGCAAUCCAAUAUAUGAAGCCUACUGUAUAGACCACUACGCUGAUGGAAAGUGUGACCAGGGCUGCAACACAGAGGAGUGUGGCUGGGACGGCUUGGACUGCGCAAAGGCGGUCCCUGAAAACAUUGCUGAUGGGGUCUUGGUUUUGGUAGUCCUAUUGCCUCCAGAGGAGCUCCUCCGCACCAGCACAGCUUUUUUGCAGAAAUUGGGUGCUAUCCUACACACCACACUGCGCUUCCGACUGGACAACAAUGGAGAAUUCAUGAUCCGCCCGUACACCCGCCGAGAGGCACGGCGAGAGGCACGCCUCAAGCGGGAGCUGCAGCCUCAAGAGGAGGUCAUCGGAUCCAAAGUGUACCUGGAAAUAGACAACCGUCUGUGCACUCAGGGCUUUGAGGACUGUUUCCCUUCAGCCUACAGCGCUGCAGACUACCUGGGAGCCCUGUCAGCUGUAGAGAUGCUCCGCUUCCCUUACCCCCUCAAAGAAGCCCGUGGUGAAGAGAUGGUGCCUACUGCUGACGACCAAUGGGUCAAGCUGAUGCUGGUGGGGAUAGCUUCUCUUUUCCUGUUGGUCAUCCUCGUGAUAGGCAUGUUGAUCGCUCGUAGAAAGAGAGAACACAGCACCCUCUGGUUCCCCGAGGGCUUCUUCCUCAAGAAGGAACCCAGCAGCAACAAGAACCGCAGGGAACCCGUGGGCCAGGACGCUCUGGGAAUGAAACACAUGCCAAAAACCGUGGAGGAAUCUCUCCUUGGAGAUCACAGUGACCAGUGGAUGGACUCAGACUGCCCAGAGCCAAAGAGGAUCAAGGUUGAGGAGCCGAGUAUGCUCUCAGACAGUGAAGAUGCGGUGGACAGCAGGCAGUGGACGCAGCAUCACCUCGCAGCCGCAGACAUCCGUGUGCCUCCCACCAUGGCACUCACGCCACCCCAAGGAGAGUUUGAAAGCGACUGCAUGGAUGUUAAUGUCCGAGGCCCAGAUGGUUUCACACCUCUCAUGCUGGCAUCAUUCUGUGGAGGCGGCUUAGAGCCUGAGAUAACAGAGGAGGAGGAGAGCGAGGAGUGCUCAGCCAACAUCAUCUCUGACCUAAUCUACCAGGGAGCGUCCCUCGCUGCCCAAACAGACCGCACUGGUGAGACGGCGCUCCACCUGGCUGCUCGCUACGCUCGCGCUGAUGCAGCUAAGAGGCUGCUGGAUGCCGGGGCAGACGCCAACGCUCAGGAUAACACAGGACGUUCACCGCUACAUGCUGCAGUGGCUGCAGAUGCACAGGGCGUCUUCCAGAUUCUGAUCCGAAAUCGGGCUACAGAUCUUGACUCCCGUAUGUAUGACGGCUCCACGGCGCUGAUCCUGGCAGCACGGCUGGCAGUAGAGGGCAUGGUAGAGGAGCUCAUCACUUGUCAUGCUGAUGUCAAUGCAGUAGAUGAACUGGGUAAGUCGUCCUUGCACUGGGCUGCUGCCGUUAACAACGUGGAGGCCACUGUUGCCCUGCUGAAGAAUAGCGCAAACAAAGACAUGCAAGAUCUCAAGGAGGAGACCCCUCUGUUCCUCGCAGCCCGCGAGGGCAGCUGUGAGGCUGUGAAGGUGCUGCUGGCUCACUUUGCAAACCGAGAGAUCACAGACCAUAUGGACAGGUUGCCGAGGGACAUUGCUCAGGAGCGCAUGCACCACGACAUCGUGCAGCUCCUUGAUGAGUACAACACAGUAAGGAGUCCCCAGGGCCACGGCGGGCCUGGACACCACCUUUCUGGGGUACACAGUCUGUCUCCUCUCAUGUGCCCUCCCAGCGCCUUCCUGUCCAGUCUGAAGAACACCCCACAGGGCAAGAAAAACCGGCGGCCUGGAGCCAAGGGUUCCAGCCUGGGAGGCCAACACGCCGUCAGUCUGAAAGAGUCAGUCAAGGCCCGUAAUAAGAAGCUGACCUUGGACAUGCAGAGUGCCUUACUGGAGAGCUCAGUUACCCUGUCCCCAGUCGACUCACUGGACUCACCCCACGGGGGAGCCAGCAAUGCUGGCUACAUGACCAACCCCACUUCCCCUGUGGCCAUGCAGUCACCACUCUACCACUCCUCCAUGUCUGUCCCAAACACCCCGAUGGUUCACAGUAGCAUGUUGGAAGGAGGUGGCCCCUUUGCUGUGUCUCUAGCCCAACUCAAUGACCUGGGAGCUGCAGGAAUGUCCUUGCAGGGACGCGUCAUGGCUUCAGACGUCAACCAUGGCUACGUGCUGAGCGCAGGCCAGAUGGGGCUCAACAUGGGCUUGGUCAGCCCUGUCAGCGUGCCCUUUGACUGGCACAGCCGGAUGGCCGCCUCCCAGUGUGGUCAGCAGGUGGUGAAUCUUGUGCAGAGUAGCCAGCCGGGCAUGCACCCCCAGAGCCCAGCCAUGCAGCAGCAGCAGCAGAACAUGCUGAUGCACCAGCAGCUCUACCGUAACGCCAUGCUGCAGCCCACGCCUGUUACCUCCACGCCCACCAUCAGCCCAGUCAAGCUGCCCUCCAUCGCUGAGCAGCAGCAGCAACAACAGCAGCAGCAGCAGCAGCAGCUCAUGAACCACACCAUCGCCAACCAGCAGAGCAUGGCCCGCAUGAGCACCUCCACCCCACCGACACCCCAGACCUCCCAGCCCCCGCCAUCCUUCUUCCAGCAGCAGCAGCAGCAGCAGAUGCCUCAGCAACCCUCUCAGCCCCAGCCUCCCGCUCAGCCGCCACAGGCAGCCACGCCAGCAGCCCAGCCUCCUCAGGCUCUGCCCUCCCAGCCCAGCGGCAGCACUGCAGGGACGGAGGAUUACCCGACCCCUCCCUCUCAGCACAGCUACUCAUCCGCACUAGAUGCCACGCCCAAGCAUUACCUCCAUUUGCCCAGUGAGCACCCUUACCUGACCCCCUCCCCAGAGUCUCCGGAGCCCUGGUCCAGCCCGUCUCCUCACUGCGUCUCCGACUGGUCAGAUUCCACACCCAGCCCAGCAGUUGCUGGCCCUGCCCAGACCCAAAUUACUCAAAUCCCAGAGGCCAAUGGCAAGAUGCAGGUGUUUGCGUGAAGAUCUCACGGCCCCUGCUUGAAAAGGGACCUGGGGUAAAAGAAUUUGUGGACUGGCUCUUGUGGCCCGUCUGUUUAUAUGUGUCAGCCUGUUUCCAAGAUUUUCAUUGGAUUUGGAUUGACUAUGAUUAUCACGAGGACCGUCUGCUAGUGAUUUCUGCAGAGAAAAAAAAGUAAAGGGAAAUGUGUGUUGUCUGAAAAAACAGCAGACAAUUUAAUGAAGUAAUUCUGUCACAGAUGGACUUGUUUUUUAUUAUAAAAAAAAGUAUAUGAAGAAAACCAAGUCUUUCAUUUCAAAGACUUAGGGAUACUCUCCUGGAAACUAACAUUUAAAAAGUAGAUAAGAGAAAAAAAGUAAAAUGUUGAAGGGAAUUCAUUUAUUUUUAUUUAUUGUUUUUAUCUCUCUGAAUUGUUUUUUUUAGGUGUUUUCACCCUCUUUCUGUCCUAGCUUCUCACAUAAUGUGCCACCCCCUCCUAUUUUAUACGGACCGCCUACAUUUCUAUUUAGCCAGUGUGGAAUAUAAGGAAUAUAAUUCAUCAUUCAGACCAGUGAACAGACAGAAAGAGGACUUUUCACCUCUCUUGACUGAUAUUUAUUUAGGCCAACGACAACUGGUAAAGAUGAGAAACUGGUUCUAGCAGAUAUAUAUUAAGAGUUGCUCAGCAGUAGUGAUAUGUCCUGAUUUGAUUGAAUUGUGGUUAUUGAUUACUUUCCAUAUGAGUAUUAUGAAUAAGAAUGUAGAUGAGUGUCUCUGAAGCACUUCAAGUGACCAGCCUCGAAGGGCAAGUGUGGGUCAAAUACAACAUUUAACUGCAAUGGAUAUUUAUAAUAUAUGGGUGGCAUUUAAUCCAUGGUAAUUUGUUUUAUAAACUUUCAAAUGAUAUCAGCAGAGUACAGGUUUAGGUGUAAUGCUCCCAUUUCAACUGUAUUUUCUACAGGACUCUGACCUCCAGUACUGUCAGCCCUGACUCCUGUAAAAUCAGCCUCUCACUGCCCUUUUUAGUUAUGUUAUUUUUUUGUUUGUUCCAUUUGUUUUAUACUCUGUAUAUUUGUGAAAACCAUGGAUAUCUUUUUUUUUUUUUUUAACAUCACUUUCGGAUGUACUAAGCUAUGCUUAUCAGCUGCUAUUUUAUAUCACUCUUCCCUGCAAACAUUCCUCCAUUUUGCCUGUCUUGUUGAGUCUGGAUGCUGUGCCUUCCAGUAGCAUCUAAAGCCAAGUUCACACUACACGACUUUCAAAGUCGUCAGAUCGCUGUACUGUUCACACUACACAACUCGCUGUCUUGUAAUCGGGAGUCUUUAAGUCGUCGUGGUUUUCACACUACAUGACUGACCGGCGACAGAGGGGUAACAAACUACAAGAUCUUUCACCGGGAGGGAUCCCCGUUGAGGUCUCCAAACAAAUUUUUGUCACGAAAAAUACACACGAGAAACACACGGUAAAUGAUGUGACACAUUGCUAGUGGUGCUACGGUUCAACAAGCCCACGGUUCAGUUUGUAUUACGUUUUUUGUGUUUCGGUUCAGUUUGUUGUGCACAUCAAGGAGAAGAAAAACAACCACUUCUAAUGUUAUUGAACUCCAAAAUAUAUAAAUAAAUAGAUUUAUUGAUUGAUUGAUAAUAAUUAACGAUAUUUCCAUAUUAUAAGAUGGUCAAGUAGGCCUACGUUCAGAUAAUUGUCUCUUCUUUGUCUCGGGCACCUCAUCAUAUAAUUGGCAGGUCUGUAUUUAAUAGUGGUGCAACGGUUCAACAAGCCCGCAGUUCGGUUUGUACAGUCAUGGAACGGUUAAUUUUUUAAACCUGUUCACAAAAUAGACAUUGGUUUCCACACUCUUUUUUUUACUAUUUAUUCCUCUAGGUGCAACAACAACUUUGCUCUGUGUUGCAAAUGCAACACAUGUAUUAAGUUCCUGUUGUUGCAGGCGACCCCUCCUCGCCCAUGUUUCCCCUUAACCCAUGUCUUGCGCUCUUAUUGGCUGGAGCUUGUGGCCGGAGUCCCAUCGGCAUCGGCGAGCGUCUUUGAGCAGUUCGAACGCCGAUGUGUGAGCGGCGUGCCGAUUUGCCUCUGAUUUGGGGCUUUUGUCGGGGAGCGGAAAAUCGGGGCUAAAGUCGUGUAGUGUGAACUAACUAUAUAACACCGAGUCAAACCAGAUGACAGACAGGCAGAAGUUUAAUUUGUCCACAUCGUGUCCUUCGCUGGACUAAACGGAACCAUUCCUGGACUAUCUGUUGCAGUUGAGGUCUCGUCGAACACUCGUCUCUGGUGUGGUGGAGUCAGUCGUGGUCAGUGUGUGAGGGUGUGGCUGCUGGGCUGUGCGACUGCUUAUGCCCUGUCACUCCUCAGGGAGGUGUUUUAUGGCAUGCAGCGGGACGGUUCCCCUGCAUCUACAGUAGCUCCCAGUCCAGGCGCAGCGGAGAUGCAUCUUAAGAUGACUGUUAGAAGACACUGAAGGAACGAACACUACUAUGUAGUGCUGCACCCUUAGAACUUUUUACAAAAUCCUGAGAUGACACUCCCAGUCAUCCAGCUAACACCGUGUUUAAUGUCUGACCAACCGCCACGUGACCUGAGUGUUUUAGGAUAGAGGUCAUCCUCUCCUUAACCUGCUGUGGACAUUUCAGCAUAAAGUCAAUUGAUAAUAGUAGCAUUUUGAGAAAGUAACCGUCAUCAUGAACAGAAAUUAGUGGGCCACCACUCCUAGCUACUACUUCUGUGGUGUCCUAACGCUGCCCCUAGUUGUGUCAUAGAGUUUAUCUUUCAUUCCUUGUUUUAUCCUGUUCACUAUAGACUCAGCUACCUGGGGAAACAUGUUGUUGUUCACAGUCCAGUUCACAUUUUACUUACUGUUGUUUUUUUUAUUUUUAUAUAUAACUGGUCUUUCAGUUUCCCUACCAGGUCGCACUAAGUGUUUUGUACAUUUCAACCUCCCAACUUCUGUUUGUAAAUAUGUUUGUUCUGGGUAGAUCUUUGCUUGAGAAGUCUUAUGUUUCUGAAAUGAUUGUUAUGUACUAAAAAGGACAAAAAUAAAAUGUACUUCAUUUAGCAUUAUUUGAAGCUGAGGCUGUGACUGAUAUUUCAUUGGUCUUGUGUUAUUAGAACAGUCAUAGAUAUUUUCUAUCAUUAAUUUCUAUACUUGUUUAAAAGUAGUUCAAAAUCAUUGUACAUAAAACCUUUCCACGGUUUUUCUUUCUACAGUCAAAAGUUGUAAAGUUACUUAUAAUAAAAACUGUAGGGAACUACA